CCGUUCGCCACGCUCCUCACCCGCGCGUCCUCUCCACUCCCCCUACCUUUCCUGUUCCAUGUCUACUUUCUUCUGCUGCUUUUCCGUCAUUGGUUCCCUCUCCAACAAAUCCAAAACCACUUUUUAGACAAUGAAUUUCUCAAUACCUACAAAUUGAUGUGCGUAUCGCCUCUCAAGAGCUCACACUUUUAGGACUCGAUCCCGUUUCGCCGAUUCGUUUCCAUUUUGUCGGUUAAGUGAAUUUUGAUAAUGUGUUGUAGUAUUGUGGGGAUUUAUUCCCUCAGAUGGGCUGUUUUCAUUCUACAACAAGAAAGCAGUUUCCUGGACAUGAAGACCCUGUUUUACUUGCUUCCCAAACGGCUUUUAGUGUGAGUGAGGUUGAAGCAUUAUUUGAGCUGUUUAAGAGCAUUAGCAGUUCCGUUAUUGAUGAUGGGCUUAUUAGUAAGGAAGAACUUCAAUUGGCUUUGUUCAAGAAUAGGAAAAAGGAGAAUCUUUUCUCAAAUCGGAUUUUUGAUCUAUUCGAUGUGAAGCAAAAAGGUGUAAUAGAUUUUGGGGAUUUUGUUAGAUCACUCAAUGUUUUCCAUCCAAAUGCUCCACAAGAUGACAAAAUCAAUUUUUCGUUUAAGCUAUAUGAUUUGGAUGGAACUGGAUAUAUCGAACGCCAAGAGGUUAAACAAAUGUUGAUUGCACUUCUAUGUGAGUCGGAGAUGAAGCUGGCUGAUGAAACUAUUGAGGUGAUAUUAGAUAAAGUAAGUGGAGUAGCACAUAAUUUACAUAAGUUCAUUGACGUUCUUAUGCUUCCUAUGCUGCACUGCACUCAUCCCCAUGAUUUCAAUGUUACGUUUGAUACUCCCUCCGUCCACGAUAAAUGUGGUCUUUUUUCCGUUUUAGUCCAUCCACAAAAAUUGCUGUCUUUCUAUUUUUCGACAUGACCCCACCCUUUAUAUUUUAAACCCCAUGAAUGCUCAAUAUUUACAAGCCUAACACAUGAAAUUUGGUGGGCCCUUUCUGCACUCGAAACACAUCUAACAAUAAUUUCUUAAAACCCAUGCCUCCCACAUUGCAUCACUUAUCGUGGACGGAGAGACGUGAGUAGUUGAUAUUAGAUGGUUAUGAGAAAGGCUGAUGUGUGUUUUGUGUCAAUACUGAUUCUAAGUCAUUGUUGACGUGUUUGGCAAAUUCAAUGCAAUGAUCUGCUAUACUGUAAUUUUUGUUACUGUGUUGUGCAUAUAAUUGAGCUGUUUCUAGAAUUGAUGCCUUCUGAAAUGUUCGUUCUUCUUAUCAGGUAGCUUUGCUCCUUGUUUAAUGGAUAUUAUUUGCUCUCUUUGCAAUCUUGUUUUGUCUUUGUUGCUGUUCACUAGGUGUAUACGCUUCUGCAUAUUGUUGGUUGUUCAAAUCAAGAUCUUUUGUUGUCAUGCUUGUUUAAUGCAAUACUUGACAGACUUUUCUGGAAGCCGACAUGGAUCGGGAUGGAAAAAUAGACAAGUCAGAAUGGCACAACUUUGUGGCUCGAAACCCUUCAUUGAUGAGGAUCAUGACACUCCCAUAUCUGAGGUAAUCUUUUAAUGUCGGUCAUCUAUCCACAUUCUCUCAACUAGCUGGACGGACAAUUCAUCUGAUUCAUGGUCUGCAGGGAUAUAACUACGACUUUCCCUAGCUUUGUUUUCAACUCAGAGGUCGAUGAAGUUGCCACAUAAAAUUCGUGCGGCUUUCCCUAUUUGUGAACCGUAGUUUAGAGGACGUAUUGAGUUCUAAUUAUAGCAGACAUUGACACUUUGAAGCGAUAUGACUCUUGAUGGACUAGAGGGAUAUUGCUGCCUUGUGAUUUUUGAUGAGGUUGUGGCUGCAUCGAAUUUAGCACCUUUCUCCCUCCCUCCGCCUGCGCCCCCCUCAACAUUUGUAGAAUCGAUAGUGUAUUAACAGUGUAUUUACUAAUUGCAGUGCCUUGACCUACCAAGAAUGAUUCUUGCAUCAAGGACCUCACAUGUUCCAUAGAUUUAAAUGUUUGCCCUAAAAGAAAAAUGUUUGAUCUUAGACUAGACCUGAGUGUAUUACAAGAGAGGCUGUAGAAUGUAGUGGUCUUGUCAUUUGUUUUAACUAAAAACAAUUUUAUUAUUGUUCACGAGUGGUUAUAUAAUUAUAUGAGGAGGUUUUUCA